UCUUAAGUUCAUCUAGAAAAUAACACUGUCCAGAGAAUAGUGCCAGACCCCCAACAUCUGCGGUUCAAGAAGGCAAUGCUACAGGUAAAGACUGGCAGAGCAGAGGCUCCAAGUCCUUUCCACAGGUAGAAGAAAUGUGUACAGUGGAAGAAAGAUGGGCCGUCACAGUGGUGGGCCCAAGCAGGUGGGCCUGGAACUCCUGGCCACAGGGAGCUACAGCAGGGGAAGGCCUAGUAUGACCCAGUACUUAGAUAACAAUGGCUUUCUGGGAUUGGAGUUGCAAAGCCAGGAGCCCCAGUGCCCUUUUCUCCUCCCACCACCCACCAAAACAUGGGGUCCAAGAUCUGUUGUUGCUGCAAGGCCGGCGAGGGCUCUUCCACCACUGUUGGCUUACACAGUCCAAGGGUGCUCCAACAGCAUCAUCCACGGUGCUUCAAUCUGAACACAAAUUCUCUCCAUAGUGCUGUGCCAAACAGACAUUCACACCUCCCCUAUGAUACCAGCAUGAUGCUCAAAGCAUGCACCCUUAGGAGGCCCUGAUCAUUCUAGCUGGCAGCACCCAUGCUGGUUCUCAAGGCUGCACAGCUGCUGGGCAUCUCCAUGAGGAAGAGAGCCAUGGACAGGAGUCAUGAAGACUGAUUCAGAAACUCCCCUGCAAGAGGAGAAGAUGUCUGAGCCAUCCCUGUGCCACCAGCAAGAGUCACUCCAGCUUCUGAAAAAGCCACCAUGGGGGGAGCUGCCUCCAAUUAAAGUCCUUGGUCACAUCA